AUGCAAGACCUCAAGGGAAAGGUGAUCGCCGUCACGGGUGCAGCAUCCGGAAUUGGUCUUGCAACCGCUCAACUACUGUUCUUUGUCGGAGCCAAGCUAUCCUUGUCUGAUAAGUCACUUAUUCCCCUUGAGCAAGCCACCCAAGCACUUCUCGCCACGCACCCAACCCGUAAUAAACAAGACAUCACAACAGCAGAGGUCGACGUCACAUCCAGCGCCCAGAUUACUUCCUGGAUCGAAGAGACUGUGAAAAGAUUCGGUAGACUCGAUGGGGCAGUUAAUUCGGCUGGAAUAAGUGCUGUCAAGAUGGGCAAAGGCAGGGUCCGCGACCUCACUGAUGAUAGCUGGGCUUUGUGUAUGGGUAUCAAUUCCACUGGGGUCUUCUACUCCAUGCGAGCUGAGCUCAACGCCAUGGUCAACGGCGGGAGCAUCGUCAAUGUGGCAAGUCUAGCUGGUCUAAUCGCAGUCCCCGGGGCUGCAGAAUACGCGGCCUCAAAGCAUGCAGUGGUUGGCCUUACAAAGACAGGGGCCAGAGAAGAGGGCCCAGCUGGCAUCAGAGUGAAUGCAGUCGCACCGUGA